CAUCGAUUAUACAAGAUAGAAAUGAAAAAAAGAAACAAACAGUGGGAGUUAGACGUGAAAACUGAAAGAGAAAAAUCAUAUUUGUGAUUCUGAUAAACUGUUUUGAGAUCUAUAGGGAAGAAAGAAAGAAAAGAAAUGGCAGCAGCUCCAGAUCACUUGUUCAACUUGAGGAACAAUUUCUAUUUGGGUUCUUACCAGGCUGCCAUCAACAACAGCGAUCUUCCCAAUCUCUCCCCCGACGACGCCGUCGAGCGCGACUGUCUCGUCUACCGCUCUUACAUCGCUCUAGGCAGCUACCAACUUGUCAUCAAUGAGAUCGACUCCUCCGCUCCCACUCCUCUCCAAGCUGUUAAAUUGCUCGCCCUCUAUCUCUCCAACCCUCAUGAUAAGGAAUCAACGAUUUCGAGUUUGAAAGAGUGGUUGGCAGAUCCAGCAAUUGGCAACAAUGCCAUCUUAAGGUUGAUUGCUGGAAUCAUUUUCAUGCAUGAGGAAGAUUAUAACGAGGCUCUUAAACACACCAAUGCUGGUGGCACCAUGGAACUGCAUGCAUUGAAUGUGCAAAUAUUCAUUAAGAUGCACCGGUCAGAUUAUGCAGAGAAACAGCUGAGGGUCAUGCAGCAGGUUGAUGAAGACCAUACACUGACUCAACUUGCAAAUGCAUGGUUUAAUCUGGCAGUGGGUGGUUCCAAGAUACAGGAAGCAUAUCUGAUCUUCCAAGAUUUCUCUGAGAAAUAUCCAAUGACUGGAUUGAUCCUGAAUGGAAAGGCUGUCUGCUGUAUGCACAUGGGAAACUUUGAUGAAGCUGAAACACUGUUGCUUGAAGCACUUAAUAAGGAUGCAAAGGAUCCUGAAACUCUUGCCAACCUGGUUGUAUGCAGUCUUCACCUUGGUAAAUCAUCUUCACGUUACCUAAGCCAAUUGAAACUGACACAUCCAGAACACAUUCUUGUUAAACGAGCAUCAUCUGCAGAGGAUAGCUUCGAAAGAGCAGUGCAAUCAGUUGCUUGAAGAUGUGGUCAAUGGCACAAUUGUUUCGGUAAUUCUUUUGGUUUUGUAACCUAGCAAGCAGAAUAUAUGAUGAAUAUGGACGUCUGGAUUGGUUUAUUUUUGCAUGAGGUACAUGAUAUACUAAAUGUGUCUAUUUGGUUUGGCCCGGUACUUGGAAACAUUGGGAUUAUAUUGUAUGAUUUUUGGCUUAUUGUGUAUUAA